AAAAAAAAAACUUAUCAAGUAAAAAACAUUUGGCAGGAUUUUUCCACAUAGGCUGUGACCUGUUUUCAGAGGCCAAAUGGAAUAAAAACAGUUUUAAAACAGGCAAACAUUUGCAGAAGAGCUUUUGAAGGAUUCUUAGCUGUUCUUCUAGACAAAAAGAGAACAGUGAAUCAGAGGUGCUUCUAAGCUCCUCACGCAUUGUCCUGACAGUAAGUCAGAUUACAUUCCACUUUGCAUAAGUUACUGCUGUGCAAUAUUUACUUCACCCUCUCUUUCCAUGAACAGAAGAAAAUGAUUAAAAAAAAGAUAAGCGUGUAUCAACAAACUCAAGCCCUUUUAUACAAGAAUUUCCUUAAAAAAUGGAGAAUGAAAAAAGAGAGCUUAUCGGAAUGGACAAUAACAUUGCUUCUUGGGCUAUAUUUUUGCAUCUUUUCGGGACUCUUCAGAGCGACCCAUCUUCCUGAACAGCCUCCUCAUGUCCUGGGACGUGUGGAUGAAUUUAAUGACUCUGAUCUGGUGGUGGCAUAUACCCCAGUCACUAACAUGACACAGAAGAUAAUCGAUAAGAUGUCUUCGGCUUCAUUUAUGAAAGGAAGAGAAACCAUUGGGGUUGCUGAUAAAGAAAUGAUGGAUACUGUACUUUUAGAAAGCCAUCAUGAAAUGGUGGGAAUUGUGUUUAACGAUACUUUUUCAUAUCAGCUGAAGUUGAAUUGGGCAUAUGGACUUUCAGUUGCAGAAGAACACUCUGAAUACUCAGAACACUGUUGGGAUAUGCAUGAUGACAUUUUUUGUUACGUGACAAGAUACUGGCAAAAUGGGUUUGUGGCUUUUCAAACUGCGAUUAAUGCUGCAAUUAUAGAACUCACGACAAAUCAUUCUGUGAUGGAGACGCUGACAUCAGUUACUGGAAUAAAUAUGAGGAUGCCAUCUUUCGUUUCUAAGGGAGAAGUUAUAAAUACAUGGUUUAUUUUUAUUUGUAUAGUUUAUUUCUCCCCUUUUGUAUACUCUACAUCAUUAAAUGUUACAAAGGAAAGAAAGAAGUGUAAGAAGCUAAUGGCAGUGAUGGGUCUCCGGGAGUCAGCAUUCUGGCUCUCCUGGGGAUUAAUGUAUGCAGGCUUCGUAUUUAUCCUGUCCAUUGCUAUGGCUCUGAUCAUAACACUGAGCAAAACUGUAGUGAUUGUUGGCUUCCUGGUGAUCGUCACACUCUUUGUCCUAUAUGGCCUGUCCUUGAUAGCAUUGGCUUUCCUCCUGAGCGUGUUGAUAAAGAAACCUGUCCUUACCAGUUUGGUUGGGUUUCUCUUCACUACAUUUUGGGGAUGUCUGGGAUUCACUGUAUUGUACAGACAACUUCCUUCAUCUCUGGGAUGGAUCUUAAGUCUUUUUAGCCCCUUUGCCUUCACUGCCGGGAUGGCUCAGAUUUCACGCAUGGAUUAUUACCUGAUGGGCGUUACUUUUCCUGAUCCCUCUGGAGAGUCACACGUAAUGAUGGUUACUUUCUCCAUUUUGGCACUUGACGCUCUUCUCUAUCUGAUACUAAUGUUGUAUUUUGAGCGAGCUUUGCCUGAUGAAGGUGGCCACCCGUGUUCACCACUGUUUUUCCUAAAGUCUUCAUUUUGGUCCCAACAUCGAAACACUCAUCAUGAAGUCUUUGAGGACGAAAUCAAUCCCGAGCAUUACCCUGAUGACUCUUUUGAACCGGUGCCUCUGGAGUUCCAUGGAAAAGAAGCCAUAAGAAUCAGAAAUAUUAGAAAAGAAUAUGAUGGAAAGCCUGAAAACGUAGAAGCAUUGCAAGGCAUAUUUCUUGACAUAUAUGAAGGACAAGUGACCGCAAUCCUUGGACAUAACGGCGCUGGUAAAUCGACACUGCUGAACAUUCUUAGUGGGUUGUCUGUUCCUACGAAAGGAUCAGCCACUAUUUAUAAUACCCAACUCUCUGAAAUAACGAACAUGGAAGAAACUAGAAUGAACAUUGGAUUUUGUCCACAAUUCAAUAUUCAAUUUGACUUUCUGACUGUGAGAGAAAACCUCAGGCUAUUUGCUAAAAUAAAAGGGAUUCAGUCCAAGGAAGUGGAACAAGAGGUGAAAAGAGUCAUAAUGGAAUUGGACAUACAAAACACUCAAGACGUUAUUGCUAAAAAAUUGACUGGUGGACAAAAGAGAAAACUGACACUUGGGAUUGCCCUUUUAGGAGAUCCUCAGGUUUUGCUGCUGGAUGAGCCAACUACUGGACUGGAUCCUUUUUCAAAGCACCAAGUUUGGAACCUCCUCAAGGAGCGGAAAACAAACCGUGUGAUCCUUUUUAGUACCCAGAUUAUGGAUGAGGCUGACAUCUUAGCUGAUAGGAAAGUGUUUCUGUCUAAUGGGAAGUUGAAAUGUGCAGGGUCAUCUUUGUUUCUGAAGCAAAAAUGGGGUAUUGGAUAUCAUUUAAGUUUACGCAGGAAUGAAAUGUGUAAUCUGGAGAGAAUCACAUCCCUCAUUAAGCGGCACGUCCCUGAUGCCAAGUUAAGAGCAGAAAGUGAAGAAAAACUUGUGUAUCUUUUGCCCUUGGAAAGAACAAACAAGUUUCCAGAUCUUUACAGGGAUCUUGAAAAGUGUUCUAAUCAGGGCAUAAUGAAUUAUGAUGUUUCCAUGACAACUCUGAAUGAAGUCUUCUUGAAUCUAGAAGGCAAAUCAACAAUUGAUGAGCCAGAUGUUGGCAUUUGGAAACAGGAGAAAGUCAAUGAGACAAGAGAUGCUGGAACUGAGUCUGAAAUGCAACAGGCUCCUUGCUCUCUUCCUGGAUUGAGAAAGGCCAUCAGUACCAGAACUCUCUGGAGACGACAGGUGUGUGCAAUGGCAAGGCUUCGCUUCUUAAAGUUAAGGCACGAGAGGAAACUUCUUUUGUCCUUGUUACUGUUACUUGGUAUUCCUUUAAUCCCUACCAUUUUUGUGAAGAUAGCAGUUGCAUUAUCUCAUUCCACUCAUUGUCGGGAGCUCUCAUCCAGUAUGUAUUUUCUUUCUCUGGAACAACCCUCACAGACUCCUCUUACCAGUCUAUUGGUCAUCAACAAUACAGGAUCAAAUAUUGAAGACUUUAUGCAGGCACUGAAGCGUCAGGAUAUACUUCUGGAAGUAGAUGAUUUUAGAAAUAGAAAUGGCUCCGAUGAUCCUUCCUACAAUGGAGCCAUCAUAGUGUCCGGUGACCGGAAGGAUUACAGAUUUUCAGUUGCGUGUAAUACCAAGAGAAUGACUUGUUUUCCUGUUCUUAUGGGAAUUGUUAGCAAUGCCCUUCUUGGAAUUUUUAACUUUACCGAACUUAUUAAAACAGAGAGAAGCACAUUUCCUUUUAAUGGCGUCUUAGUGGAAUUUGGUUUUGUGAAUGGGCCUUUAUUUUUGCUGGUCCUUGCAAACUGCCUUUCUCCUUACAUUGGCAUGAGCAGCCUCAGCGAUCGCAAACAAAAAACUCAGUCUCAGUUAUGGAUUUCAGGCCUGUGUCCUUCGGCAUACUGGAUUGGACAGGCUCUGGUGGACAUUCCAUUAUACUGCUCGAUUCUUCUUUCAGUGUAUUUAAUUAACUGCCUCACAGUUUUGGAAGUCAGAUUCCCACUGGUGCUCAUGUUUGCUCUUGUGGUUUGCAUAGUUGGUUGUGCAGCUUCUCUUAUAUUCUUCACGUAUGUGAUUUCAUUCAUCUUUUGCAAGAGAAGAAAAAAUAAUGGCCUUUGGUGUCUCGGGUUUCUUAUUAUUUCAAUAUUUUUACUCAUCAUCCAAUCAUCAGCCAAACCUGAAGACCCCAGUUUAAUUCUAUGCAUGAUUUCAAUACCUUUCUACACUUUAAUUAGAUUUUUCAUACUUUUUAUGGAGGUAUUUUAUGUGUAUGUGAGAAACUCGGAAAGUGUGAAUGAUGAAAUAAAGGAAGGCAAUCAGAGCAUUCUCUUAACAAUCUUAAUACCAUACCUUCAGAGUAUCAUUUUCCUUUUUGUCAUAAGGUGUCUAGAAAUGAAGUAUGGACAAAAAACAAUGAGGAAAGACCCAGUCUUCAGGAUCUCCUCAAGAAGUAGGGAAAAUCAUCCAAACCCAGAAGAGCCAGAAGAAGAAGAUGAGAAUGUCCAAGCUGAAAGAGCGAGAACAGCAAAUGCACUCACUACUCUGAACCCGGAUGAGGUGACAAGUGUCUUGACCCUUCACAAAACUCUGAGCUCGAAACCACUCAUAGUGGCAAGCUGUUUACACAAGGAAUAUAAAGAGAAAAAGGAACAUUGCUUUUCAACAAGAAAGAAGAAAAUCGCUAUUAGAAACAUCUCAUUCUGCGUUAACAAAGGUGAAGUGUUGGGGUUGCUGGGACACAAUGGAGCCGGUAAAAGCACUUCUAUUAAAAUGGUAACAGGAGACACAAAGCCAACUGCAGGAACGGUGGUUUUAGAAGGCUACAGAACAUCUCCAAGGCAACCGGAAGAUGACACCGUCAAGUUCUUGGGGUACUGUCCUCAGGAGAACUCACUGUGGCCCGGUCUUACGGGGAAAGACCACCUGGAGCUGUACGCAGCAGUGAAAGGAAUGAGCAAACAGGAGGCUGCUCUGAGUACUUCUCGAUUGGUGGAAGCUUUCAAGCUCCAGGAACAACUUAAAGUGCCCGUGAAGGACUUAGCCCAAGAAGUAAAGAGGAAGCUGUGCUUUGCACUGAGCGUCCUGGGAGACCCAUCGGUGGUGCUUCUGGAUGAGCCAUCCACAGGGGUGGACCCCGAGGGGCAACAGCAAAUGUGGCAGGCAAUUCAGACCAUUGUUAAAAACACAGAGAAGGGUGUUCUCCUGACCACCCACUCCAUGGCGGAGGCUGAGGCUGUGUGUGACCGCGUGGCCAUCAUGGUGUCCGGAAAACUGAGGUGUAUUGGUUCCAUUCAAAAUCUGAAAAGCAAGUUUGGUAAAGAUUAUGUUCUAGAAGUAAAAAUAAAGGACCCCACUCAGGUGGAACCUGUCCACACGGAGAUUCUGAAGCUUUUUCCGCAGGCUGCUCGGCAGGAAAGAUAUUCCUCCAUGAUGGCAUAUAAACUACCUGUGGAAGCCGUUCGCCCUCUGUCUCAGGCCUUUUUCAAAUUAGAGGCAGUGAAACAGACCUUCGACCUGGAAGAAUACAGCCUCUCUCAGGCUACCUUGGAACAGGUAUUCUUAGAACUCUCUAAAGAACAGGAGCUGGGAAAUCUUGAUGAUGAAGUUGAUACAACAGUUAGAUGGAAACUCCUCCCACAAGAAGAGCCUUAAACCCUGAGUCUCCUAAUGUUAGGUUUUAGGUCCUACUACAUUAUUAGUUUCCAGAAUUCUAGAACAAUCUGCCAUAUUACCACAGGUAACAAACAAACCAACAAAAACAUUCAGUAGUUUAAACAACCAAUAAUGAUUAAGAAUUUAAAUGGCUUUCAACAUUCUAGAAUGGAGGGGAGAAGCAAAGAUAGGGAAAGAUAGUGAGUGUAACAUAAUCAGACAUUAUACUAAUCACUAGUAAGACCUAUUUUGCGCUCAAUAUUAAUUCAAAAAUCAUAAUGUUAGUCCACUUUUUUAUUAUUUUCAAUAAGGCUGGAUGCUGAACACAUUUUAUGAAUAAAACAUUGUAUUUUUGGACCUGAACUUUAAAUAUAUCAGCUCUUUUUAAAGCAUUAUUUACUCAAAUACCAACUUAAUGUAAUAUUGAGCAUAAGAUGAUCUAAUAAGUUGGUGGAUAAAAUGACACAGUAUAACCUUUAGAUAUAAUUAAAUUUUCUGAUUAUAACAUAAGGAUAUGUUCAUGUAAAGAUAUAUAGAUAUUAUAUCGACGAAGAUAAUAGUAAUCUAUAGUAAAACACCAGCAUAAAUAUUUUAGCUACCUAUCAUCAAUGCUCUUUUCAUGAGUACCUUCUCAAAGUUGACAUCAGUGGGCAUGGUGAUUUCCUAUGUUUUUCCACUUCACGGUUCAUGAACAUUUCCCAUAUCAUUGUAAUGCCUUUGGGUUAUGAAAUGGCUGCAUUGGAUUCCUUUGAUGUACUAUCAUGGUUUUACUUAACUUUUUUUACUAUUAUCUGACAUUUUUGGUUACAUGCUAGUUUAUCUUUUAUAAAUAAAGCUGUGACGAACUUC